AUGCUGGCACCACUCGACUACCGCCGCCUCCUCGCGCUAGGGCAUCGCCAUCUGUUCACGCUUGAUCCUAUAGUAAGAGAAGCGUUUGAUGUGGCCUAUGACAAUAUUAAUGCAUUUCAUGCUGCUCAAAGGAUUCCUGAGAAGGAGAUUGAGAAUAUGAAAGGGGUGAGGUGCAAAAGAAUAGCACGGUGCAUUGCAUCUGUUGGCCUUUAUGUUCCAGGGGGUACUGCAGUCUUACCCUCAACUGCUUUGAUGCUCUCGGUGCCUGCACAGAUUGCCGGGUGCAAAACCAUUGUUCUAGCAACUCCGCCUGGUCGUGAUGGCAGUAUUUGCAAGGAAGUGUUAUAUUGUGCAAAGAAAGCUGGCGUCACCCACAUUCUAAAAGCUGGGGGAGCUCAGGCGAUCUCAGCGAUGGCUUGGGGAACAUCAUCUUGCCCAAAGGUUGAAAAAAUUUUUGGGCCAGGAAAUCAAUAUGUUACUACUGCAAAAAUGAUUCUUCAGAAUAGUGAAGCCAUGGUUUCCAUUGAUAUGCCUGCUGGCCCUUCAGAGGUGCUGGUCAUCGCCGAUAGACAUGCCAAUCCAGUUCACAUAGCUGCAGAUCUACUCUCUCAGGCAGAACAUGGUCCUGACAGUCAGGUAGUUCUUGUCAUUGCUGGAGAUGGUGUCAAUGUUGAUGCAAUUUUAGCUGAAGUGAGCAAACAAUGUGAUAGCCUUCCUAGGGGAGAAUUUGCUUCAAAAGCACUUGGUCAUAGCUUUGUUCAUAUAUUUCGACGUGGUGGACGUAGACGGCGACCACAGGACCAGACACAUCCAUCACCUGCCAGUGAGCCUAUGCCACCCCCUACUCAGGCAGACCUAUCCCAUGUGUCUUCUCCACCGGCAUCAUAUUCCCCUGCCAGUGUACCUAUGCCACCCCUUCAUCAGUCGGGCCCAUCUCAUGUACCUUCUGCACCGGUUUCAUAUUCGCCGCCACAAGAACCUUACCUAGAGCAGUUACCUGUCCACUCAGAUCCUCCUGACUCAGCAAGAAACUCAUUUGUUGAGUUUAGGAAUGAUAGAGCUCCUUUAGUCCCCAUUGGUGAUUCGUAA